AUGGCAACAUUCAUAUGUGCGCUACUUUUGGACGCCUUUACCAUUGAGUGUCUCAUCAAUGUUAUCACAGCGUAUGUCGUGAAUAGACUGAUGAGGACUGGGAUUCGUUAUGGCGCUAACUAUCAGACCACUUGUAAUCGGGAACCGACUACUGUUAACGCACCACAAACUAAAGGCAAUAAUGGCUUCAAAAUUAAACUUAGCGGCAAUCCUGAGAAAUAUGUUCCUGGAGAAAUGUAUACCGUGGUUCUUCAAGGAGACCAACGAAUAUCCAAAUCAGCGACGAGUGUCCAUAAGUUCAUCGAAUUCCUGUUAGUCGUCGAACCGCUGCAAGACGUGCGACCGGAACCCAACACACCCGCCACCGGACCCCCAGUCCUGCCAGACGUCGGCACGUUUCAGGUAGCAACAGUAGUGGAAAGGAAGGACAUGUGGUAUAUGGAUGAGGGAGGGCUGACUAAAGUGAUCUGCGAAGAGGAGUCUGAGAGCAAUGAUGAACAGCCGGACAUAAUCGACGAGUGCUGUGCUUGUGAUGAAGCCAAAUAUGAAGUGACUUUCGAGGGCUUGUGGUCGAAGUACACCCACCCUAAGGACUUCCCGGCCAACUUCUGGUUGACUCACUUCUCAGACAUCAUAGGCGCCAGUCAUUCGGCGGACUUCCGAAUGUGGGAAUACGGCGGUUAUGCCUCCGAAGGUGUCCGACAAGUGGCU